UUAGGAAGGAAGUUGUUCGUUAUGAAUUCGUCAAUGGUCGCUAAAUCACAGCAUCAUAGAUCUAGGCAGUGACAGUGCCAACAACCCUUCGUCGUCGGCUGCUAUUUAUUUAGAUUCUAUGUUAGAUUAGUAGAGUUUAGAGAUGAUAAUGACAAUGAUAGUAUUGAUAGCAUCAUUCAUCAUGAUGACGAAGAUGUGAUGUUAGGACAGCCUUCUGCCAAGAUCAACUUUGCAUGACACGAGAAGCGAAGUGUAGCAGCUCAGGCUGAGCUUUGUGUUGUAAUAAUUGUAUCGUCGUCGGCUUCUGUGACAGAAAUAAAUAAUACGUAAAUAAGAAGGUAAAGGCAAGGUGGUAUCUUUAGCAGCAGCAGUGGUUCGCCAGCACACUGCCUCAACGCUCCAACUUCAAAGGGAAAAGAUAAGAUAUCAUCGAGCGAGGUUUCAUGGAUCCAUCGAGAAAUAACAUGCCAUUACAGUUCAAUACAAAUAAAAACAAACCACCCAUGCCUCUUGUUCGGACGAAUUCAGAUACGAAAGAUGAUGAUGUGAGUUCGAGUACCAAUCAGGGCCUGAUGGCCGUGCCUGACGGUGGUGGUGGAGGAGAGCAGGGCAUGAUGGGAGUUUUCAACAUGAUGGGACAGAUGGUGGGACCCAUGGCCGCAGACCCCAAUAUGAUGAUGAUGGGGCCCAUGAACUUCAAUAAUGUUACCGUAUGAAGAUCAAAGACUCGGAGGAGAAGGAGGACACGGGACGUAUCCAUGUGGACUUUGCCCAGGCGCGGGACGACCAGUACGAGUACGAGUGCCAGCAGAGGGCGCUGGCCAGGGAGAUGAGGCACAUGCAGAGACUGGAGGAGGAGAGGCAGCGGCCCGCCAGUCCCAGCCCCAUCACACACUACAGCGACCACGAGGGAUCUUUGUUGCUGGAGAAACUCAAGUCGGACGAGAACUUUGGCAAGGUGUCCCAGUGCCUGAUCACGUGGCUGGAGAGAGGGGAGUGCAACCGGCGCACGGCCACACAGUUCUACUCAAUGGUGCAGAACGUGCACGGGCACGUGCGUCGCCUCAACAGCGAGAAGGAGACAGUGGAGGCAGAGUACGAGCAGUACAAGAUACAGUACCAGCAGAGGCUGGUGGCCAUACGCAGUCAAUUGUGUCAGGUGGAGCGUGUGUUGGGCGCGGCUCACAAACAAAAAUGCUGGGACCACUUCACUAAGGCGCAGCGCAAGAACAUAGACUCCUGGCAGCGCCAGGCGCAGGAGGAGAGAGAAAGCCAAGUUCUGGAGCAGCAGGGCAGGUCGGAGGAUAGCGACGACAUGGAUAUGUCAGAUGAGGAGGGGCCGUCGCCCGGCAAGAAGAGCAAGACUGACUCGCAGUUUGAUCUCGGCCUUGCGGAAAGCCAGCGUCUGAAGGAAGAGAACGACGCGCUCAAGUGUCAGAUGGAAGCCUUCAAGAACGAGGUGGACACGGUCCGGCAGGAGGCCAGGCAGGAGAUGGACGACAAGGAGAAGCAGAUGAAGGCGCUGCAGAACGCUCUACAGGGCAUGCAGCAGCAAUUAAUUGCUCAAAGAGCUGCUGCUGCUGCUGCUGCUGCUGCUGCUGCUGCUGCUACUGCCACUGCCAGCCAGAAUACAGAGAGAAGAGAGGAAGUGACGGAGAAACAAAGGGAAGGAACGAAUAAAGAGGACGAGGGUACAGGCUCAGGGUCGUCCAGCGGGUCAAAAGAAGAAACUGUGACGAGCAGUGCUCUUAGUCUCACAGAGAAAGAAGCCAAAAUGAUAGGUCUGAUCUGCUGCUUCCUGCACGUGCAUCCACACGGAGCCACGGUGGACUACCUGUGGUCGUACCUGCGGCAGCUGAUGGCGGGAGUGAGGGCCAGGGAGGUGGAGGACUUGCUGGAGAAGACGCCCGCACUGUUCCAGCAGGAGAUUCGAGGGGUCGGGGCGGGGAUAGAGCGGAGGUGGAUCUUUUCGGGGCUCA